GCUUUGAGCUUCGCAUGACCUUCUCAAUUUUCAUAUCUCUACGGUGAAAAACGCUGUUAGUGUAUCCCAUCUGUGCUGAAAAAAUAAAUAACAAUAAAUUAUGUCGUUGGAUCAGACGGUGUGUGAAGACCUGAAGGCAUUUGAAAGACGUCUUACAGAAGUUAUUGCUAGUCUACAGCCCUCAACACUCCGUUGGAGAACGUUGCUAGGUGUCAUAUCCGUAUGCACAGCAGUCGGCGCCUGGCAUUGGCUUACAGAUCCUAAUACGUCAGCAGUUUCCUUCACACAGAGUCUAUGCAAUCAUCCAUUUUUCACUGUGGCUAGCAUAGUGCUAGUGAUAUUGUUCAUGAUGGGUGUACACAGGCGUGUGAUCGCGCCAAGCAUCAUAACGCAGAGAGCUAGAAGUGUGUUGGGCGAUUUCAACAUGAGCUGUGAUGAUACGGGAAAACUUAUUCUGAAACCUACACGACCUCCUCAUUCACAUGAAAGUUAAAAUAUGUGAUACUUAGGAUGAUAUAGUAAUUUAUGAGUUAAAUACUAAUGAAUUGUAAAUUUGCCUCAAUUUUGAAGGGGUGUAUUAUUGAAAAAUCAUAACCGAUUCGUUUACAACAAUAUAAGACCUCUGUUUUACUACGACAUCAGUUUCUCAUGCUACGUGAGCCAAGUUCAUACUCGUGAACCAAAAUAUACAUUAAGUGGUACUAUAUGUAUUAUUUAUCUUUUAUGAAGAUUAAUUCCCUGUGUGUGGAAUAAUUAUUUUGCAGAUGAGUUGUUCAAUAAGAAAAAGUACAAUGGUUAGUCUAUUAUUACCUUGUUACAAUUUAUUUACAUA